CCUCCUGCCUGACUUCACCAACUUCUCUUCACAAACACAACCUCCAGAAGAAUUGAGCAGACACAUGUCUGUCACCCAUCUUGAUCCAGCAAUGACGACAUGACAUCCUAUAAUUAUGACAACCACUCCAGCAGCUCUCCAUCACCAUGAUUACACGAUCGGGUGGAUCUCCGCUCUGCCUUUGGAGAUGGCAGCUGCGGCCGCGAUGCUCGACGAGAGACACCCUGACUUGCCGACCAAACCGACCGACGACAACACCUACAUACUUGGCAGAAUUCAUGUGCACAACGUGGUCAUCGCCUGCCUUCCCUCCGGUGUGUAUGGCACAACAUCAGCCGCCACCAUUGCGAGCCAAAUCCGCCUGACAUUUCCCUCGAUUCGAAUCGGGUUGAUGGUGGGCAUUGGCGGUGGAGUCCCUGGAACGCCGGAUGAUGUUAGACUGGGAGAUGUGGUUGUCAGCAAGCCAACAAGGGAUUAUGGUGGCAUUGUACAAUAUGAUUAUGGAAAGUCGUUGGCCGGGGGAGCCUUUGCUCGACAAGGCGUACUCAACAAGCCUCCGCCUAUCCUUCUCACCGCGAUUUCUCGAUUGCAAGCUGCGCACUUUACCAGACCAAGUCAAAUCUCAUGGCUUGUGUCGCAAGCCGCCCGAUCCUCUUGUUUCGCAUACCCUGGCGCUGACCGCGACAUUCUUUUCGAUUCCGAAUAUGAUCACGUGAAUCCAGAGAACAACUGUACGGAUUGUGAUCUCAACAGACGCAGGAAGCGGUCAAUUCGCGCUUCGCAGGAUCCGCAGAUUCAUUACGGGCUUAUCGCGUCUGCGAAUCAGGUCAUGAAGGACGGUCGCUUGAGGGACAAGCUGGCCCGCGAACUUGGCAUACUUUGCUUUGAGAUGGAGGCAGCAGGCCUGAUGGACAGCUUCCCGUGUCUAGUUGUUCGAGGCAUUUGCGACUACUCAGACUCUCACAAGAGUAAAGAGUGGCAGGGGUAUGCGGCGGCCGUCGCCGCCGCCUACACCAAGGAAUUGCUGUCCAUUAUUCAUGGAAAACAAGUCGAGGACGAACCAUCAAAGCUCUCCACCGGCAACAUACCAUACCUUUUUGGAGCACUCUCGCCGACCCCGCGCUCGUCUCAGAGUGUAAGUUCGCAGCGCAACGAAUUAGACGAACAGGAGGAGCUCCUAGAGCAGAUUUCUAGCUACCAGCACGAACAGGUUCAUAGAAGGCUUGCGCACAAAAGACUGACAGGUACUACUCAAUGGUUCUUGGAGAAUCACGAAUUCAAGGCGUGGUUGGAGAGACGCUCGAACAAGUUAUGGUGCACUGGGAAAAUUGGGUCUGGAAAGACAGUGAUCGCGUUUGUACUGUGCCCCUUCUUGAGAGGCCGAGCUGACACUGGAAGGCUAGUGCAUCUGUGAUCGAAACUAUCCGAUACGAGCCCUCGGACCACCAUGCUCCUACCGUCUUCUUUUAUUGCGAACAUGACCACAAUGAGACUCUGCGGGCGUCUUCAGUUUUGUC